AAACAUUGACCUAUAUGACAGUAUGAGGCCCUGAAUAGCGGACUCUAUUAUCAUUCCGUAUAGAUUGCGGCACAUCUGAUUUGGCGCUCCAUUGACCUUUUCCUCUCUCCUCCAGAUGGGGCGCCGCUGAGUGACCUGUCCUGGCCGUCCUCGCUGGCGGUGGUGGCGGUUUCCUUCUCCGGACUCAUCACCAUCAUCUUCCUCAUGCUGGCCUGUCUGUGCUGCAAGAAGGGGGACAUCGGAUUCAAGGAGCUGGACAAUGUGGAGGGAGAAGACUACACCACGGAAUUCUCCAUCCAGAGUUCUCCGGCCGCGCAGAAUGGACCAGAGGUUUAUGUCCUUCCUCUCACAGACGUCUCCGUGCCGAUGUCCAAGCAGCCGGCAAGAUCAGUACAACUUCUUAAGUCCACGGACCUGGGACGGCAGAGCCUCCUGUACCUGAAGGAGAUCGGGAGCGGCUGGUUCGGGAAGGUCCUUCUUGGGGAGGCGAACUCCGGUCUCUCCAGUUCGCAGGUUGUGGUGAAGGAGCUGAAGGUCAGCGCCAGCGUUCAGGAGCAGAUCCUAUUCCUGGAGGAGACUCAGCCGUUCAGGGUUCUUCAGCACCCCAACCUUCUCCAGUGUUUGGCGCAGUGGGCGGAGGUCACCCCUUAUCUCUUGGUGAUGGAGUUCUGCCCCCUGGGUGAUGUGAAGGGAUAUCUCCAGAGCUGCGCAGAGUCCACGUCCCCGGACCCCCUUACCCUGCAGAGGAUGGGCUGUGAGGUCUGCUGCGGGCUCCUCCACCUACACAAGAACAACUACACCCACAGCGAUCUCGCCCUGAGGAAUUGUCUCCUGUCUGUGGACCUGACUGUGAAGAUCGGUGACUACGGGCUGUCACAUUCUAAAUAUCGGGAUGACUACCUUGUGACGUCGGACCAGCUGUGGGUUCCGCUGCGCUGGAUCGCACCGGAGCUCAUUGAUGAAGUCCAUGGGAACCUGCUGGUGGUGGAUCAGACCAAAGCCAGUAACAUCUGGUCCUUGGGCGUCAUCCUCUGGGAGCUCUUUGAAUUGGGACGUCAGCCGUACGACACCUUCUCUGACCGCCAGGUCCUCUGCUAUGUUAUCAAGGAGCAGCAGCUCAAACUACCCAAACCCCAACUCCAGCAACUCCUCUCCGACCGCUGGUAUGAGGUGAUGCAGUUUUGCUGGCUGCAGCCGGAUCAGAGACCCUCAGCCGAGGAGGUGCACCUUCUUCUCUCCUACUUGAGUGUCAAGGGUGCUGGCGAGCUGGAGGAAGAGUUUGAAAAGCGCUGGAACGCUAUGAAACCCAAUGGUGGAGCUGAUAGCGGGGGCCACCAUGACACAGAGGUCUCUUCCUACCCACUACUCGAGCACUUCUCCUCAGAUGGAUUUCACUCGGACGGGGAUGACGUUUUGACCGUCACUCAGACAAGCCAGGGGCUUAACUUUGAGUAUAAGUGGGAGCGUGGACGCCAUGAGCAGUACCCGCUGAGCCCCGUCUGUCAACCCUACCAAGACAUGUACUACACAACAAACACUGGAGAUAGAAUCAGUCUGGGUGUGUCACCAUCUGGGUACGAAAACAAGGACUGCAAUCCCAACUCUCGUCCUCUUGAGUUGGUCCCGGUUUUGAGUGCCCGUAGUCCAUCGGUGGCAGGGGACUACUACAUCCGUAUUGAAGAAGAUCUAGGCAGCAAUGUUGAGCAGGAAUACAGCCCACAGCAUGAAGAGCACAGUCCUAAAGAGGAACCCGGGAUGGAGGAGGAGCUGUGUGAUCAUAAUCCUUCCAUAAGUCUGUCCAUGGAGCCCCUGUUGGGACAAAUAGACGGCUCUUCUGAAGAGACCUGUUGGCUUAGCCAGUCCCAAAACCUUAAUUCUCCCUCUGGAGAUGAGACAGACGACCAUCCUGUCGAGGAGAUUGACAGCCCCAAGGGUUAUGUUGACCCUCUUGAAGCCUCUCCAUUUUUUCAUCAGUUAUGCCAAGACCAGUCUGGUGCCGAAGAGAUAGCACUGCCAGAUACAUCAGAAAGCGAGGACACUGCGCCGAUGUGUGGAGAUAGACUGGAUUCUGUAAGAAUAGAAGCUGAAAACGUCUCGGAGCAGAGUGAAAUGUCUGAGAGGACUCCGCAACUCCCGGCAUUUUCCCCACAUUGGGCAUCAAACAUUUCAUCCAACAAUAAUAUUUCCAGUGACCCCCAGCAGCACAGCCCUGGUGUCUGGUGUAACCACCGCUCUGAAGACACCCAAGAAAAUGAGGCACCCUACGGACCUGAAACAUGGCAGGCCAUGGAGACUGGUGAGGGAGACAACAAUGCAUCUAUAGCUGAAGGAUUGCGGGAAGAUUUUUACAAAGCUGAGGAGCAAAUGACACAGGAAUGUUUAGAAACUCAGGUCCCACCUGGUCAGUUCUCCGAAAACACACAAACCUCUGUGUCCCAGUCUGAUCAUAUCCCCCACCCUCUGGAGUCUCCAGAUUCUGGUCAAGACAUAGAUUCAGGUCAAGACGUAGAUUCAGGUCAAGACGUAGAUUCAGGUCAAGAUGUAGAUUCAGGUCAAGACAUAGAUCCUCUUGGGGUAGGUUUGGUAAGUCAUUGUGAAGUGUCUUCAUGUAACCCUCCCAUCACAGAAGAGGACAUCAUAUCCAAUGCUGUAUCUCCAGAGGUUUCUGUUUCUCCUGAGAUAUGCAGCCAGGAGAAGACCAUCCCUAAAGACCUCUUCCAGCUGCAGAGUGACAGUGAAGAUGAGGACACCAUGGAACUGACCUCAGGGGUGUAUACUGACCUCUCUAGUGAGCGAGGGGAUACAGCUCCAUCCUUUAGGUCCUUUCAGAAACAGGUGGGCACUCCGGACUCUUUAGAUUCUUUGGAUAUGCCAUCCACGGCCAGCUCCUGUGAGGCAUUCAGCCUCGGGACCUAUGCCCCCUGUGCCCAGCCCAAAGCACUGGACAGCGGCUACGACACGGAAAACUAUGAGUCUCCAGAGUUUGUUUUAAAGGAACCACAAGAAAACAGAGAAAGCGAAGUUUAUUACCAACUAAGUCAGUCCCAGGAACAGAGCCUGGAAGCUGGAGAUAUGCCAAUGUCCCGGUCAGUGAGCAGCGAUUUACAGGGUCUAGAUGCCAAGAAUCCUUACCGAGAUUCUGCUUAUUUCUCAGACUAUGACUCUUUUAAUCGUGAGGAAGAGGAGGAGAGUGACCAUAGAGAUGAAAGAGAACAGCAGGAAGCCCCCGCUCUGCGUCCAGAGCUGGAUAUAGAAACCAUCUCAGGAGGAAACGGUGAGGACGUAUCGGGUCAAUGUCUGCCCAAGGUGGAAGGAGAUCUUCUGCAGAUAACUCUUUCUCCUCUAUCUUCAUUGUUUGAGCCUCCUCUGAUAGUGAGGGAAGAGUCUGUGGACGAAGGUUUGGGGUUAGAAAGUCACAAGGAUUCUUCUACAGAGAAACCCAAUGGACUUUCAUUGGUAGAGCCGACCCCCGUACACAGGACCUUCACACUUUCCCCUGUCCAGCUGUGCCUGACCAAAACAUGCAUGGUCAAGCCGGGCACAGCUGGGAGCAUCACCCUGACCACAGGACUGCAGGCAGAAGACAAUAGAGAAGCACUGGGGGCCUCCCAUUUAUCCAAAUGCCUUUCUCCUCCACUUAUACGGAAGGAGGGUCGAGUGGGGGAGUCCCGUGAUGAUGAUGACGAGGAUGAAGAAAGUGAUGACAGUGACGAGUCCGAUGAAGAGCUCCGCUGCUAUAACAUCCAGGAGCACAGCGAAGAGAGUGAGGAGGAGCACAUCACUAUACCCAUCGUCAUCACAGACCACGGGAGUUGUGGGCACCUCAGAGGCCUCCUCAAGACCCCCAGCUUCCUGCCUCCAGCUGAACCAACCCACCUGGACCGGAAGAAGAAGGCUGUCUCGUUCUUUGAUGAUGUCACUGUCUACUUAUUUGACCAGGAGAGCCCAACACUGGAGGUGCCGGAUCAGGAACUCCCAGAACUUCCUCCUGUUCUGCCGAUGACCUUUAAGGAGCCCACAAACCACCUAUUAGGUGGCGAUGACUUCGGGUGGGAGGAGUCGUUGCCCGGUAAAUCGGUGAAAUCUUCCUUUGUCACCUCGCUACCGCCGGUGGUGCUGAACAGUGCAGUCGACCACGCUCCAGAUCCUGUGCCAGCACCUCUGCCUGUUUCAGUGCCCAUUCCUGUGCCUGUCCAGAAGCCACAGCUGCCUGUUCAGUUUUCCAGAUUUAGCGUCUCUCCUACUGCUGUGUCCCGAUUCUCUAUAACUCACGUGGCGGACAGUGUGGUGGGACCCCUGGAAGAUAAAGUGAAGUCCGGGGAUCAGCUGUGAUGGAGCAGAAGUGAUUUCUCCACCGCUCAGUACUGGACACCGCGGAGCCGGAGGGCGGCCUUACUGUCUUAUUGGUUGCUGCUGUGAAGGAACCUUUUCCCCUGUUGCGGUCGGUGUACACGGGGGACAUAUUUGUGGUUUGCACUCAAGGUUCGGACUUGUACCAGUGUCUGCGCCGCACAGGCGGCCAUCUUCUCAUGAAUGUAGGUAUGCCGCCAUGAUUUUAAUGACUGCGCAUGUACAUAGCGCCAUCUACCUGUCUCUUUUUUAUUCAUUUCAUGGAGGUAUCUAAGAUACCUCCCAGCACAGGCCAGGCAGCCAUCUUGUGGGUGUGACUACUAUUUGGCCCAUCCCUUGUAUGGCAGCUGAUUAAAUGCACAAUAUGGCUGCCUCCGCCAUGAUCGGGAUAGGAAUAUAUUUUUUAUGUAAUUUUAGAUGGAUGGGGCCACCAUGGACUCAGAGACUAUGCCAGGCCUGGACGCCCCUCCUCCGCCCUCAACAAGACAGCGAAAUCGCAUCAGAUUUUUCUGUCACUGUGUAAUGGAUGAAUUUAUUAUUAGAUACAGAUGAAAUGAUAAUAGACGGUUGGAUGGAGUGGCCACCAUUCUCGGAGAGGUCUGGCCUGAAGGCGCACCAGAUUUGUUUAUCCAUAAGACCUAUAACAUGGCUGCGUGUUCCGGCAACAGAUGUGCCUGUCCAUAGGAUCUAUUACCUGGCUGCGUGUUCCGGCAGCAGACGUGUCUAUCCAUAAAACCUAUAACAUGGCUGCGUGUUCAAGCAGCAGACGUGUCUGUCCAUAGGAUCUAUUACCUGGCAGCGUGUUUCGGCACCAGAUGUGUCUCUACAUAGGACCUAUUACCUGGCUCCAUGUUCUGGCAGCAGACGUGUCUGUCCAUAGGAUCUAUUACCUGGCAGCGUGUUUCGGCACCAGAUGUGUCUCUACAUAGGACCUAUUACCUGGCUCCAUGUUCUGGCAGCAGACGUGUCUGUCCAUAGGAUCUAUUACCUGGCAGCGUGUUUCGGCACCAGAUGUGUCUCUACAUAGGACCUAUUACCUGGCUCUAUGUUCUGGCAGCAGACGUGUCUGUCCAUAGAAUCUAUAAGAUGCCUGCGUGUCCCGGCUCUAGCCUGAGGGGGCGCCAUAUGUGUCCAUAAGAUCUAUAGGUGGCUGAAAAUAUUUAUAUUUUGUACCAGAUUCUGAUGUCCUGCUGUUUGUGGGGGGGACGCGGCCCCCCCACCAUGUGUAUAUACAUAUCUAUAUACUGUAUAAGCGAGAGUAUAAGGGCCAGUGUACAAAUGAUUUAUUUUUUACAAUGACCUCCACACUAUUUGCGCGCACCUAUACACACUUAUUAUCCGUAACACAAUGCGUACGCGGCACUUUAUGCGUCAGAUGCGAGCGGGCGAGAACCUCAGCUGAGGAGUCACUGCUCGCUCCUUUAUUUAUAGACGGGCAGCGGCCAUUUUGUGGACUGAAACAACUGGGGGCAGGUGUAUCGAAAACUGUAUUGGGCCCCAUUUUAUCAGAACUGCCUUUGUUGACUAUAGCAACCAAUGUCCUUGCAAGUUCAGCCCACAAAAUGGCGGCCACCUCAGAGUGACUCCACCCCCAGGUCACAUGCAUUCACUCGCUUUUAUCUUCGCAAUAACUGCAUGACUUUAUGGCGAUCUGAGCCCCGUAAUGAUUGUGCCCCACUGAUGCCUGUCAUGUUACAAAACUACAACUCCCAGCAGGCCCGGACAACCUCUAACCACUGUCCUACACAAAGACUACAACUCCCAGCAUUCCCUGCCAGUGGGAGUUAAAGUAUCGAAACAGCUGGGACAGUUGGCCAUAGCAACCAGAGUGGAGGCCCUGGUGACCAUAGUAACCAACCCCAGCCCAGUAGUAGAGGCCCUGUUGGCCAUAGCAACCACCCUGGGCCCAGCGUCUCAUCUGCCCGGCAUUAAUGCAGCGUGGUCGCUGGUUGUUAGGGGCAACAAGACGGCUUUUUAUUUUAAGGCCAUUUUGAUGAUUAUUGUCAGGAUUCUAAUGAGUCUGAUUGGAACCUGAACAAUGGGGAGAUUUAUGGCGCGGCCUUAUUGUAUUGCCCAUAGCGACCAAUCAUCACUUUCAAUUUCCCAGAGCAAUAUGAGUAAUAAAAAGCUGAGCUGUGAUUGGUUAGAGGAGGAUCUUAUAUAAGACCGCGCCAUAAAUCUCCCCGUAUCCUGAGUGAUCGGCGGGGUUCCUCCACUGGUUAUGGUCAUGGACCAGACACCGGGCCCCACAGACUGCUGCCCCCAAUGUUUAUCCUGCAGAACAACCAUGUGGGUGGGACUUAGGUCAUGUGACUGACAGAGCCAGGUUAUGUGACCUCAUCGUCCUCGGGGGCCGGUCACUACUACGGAUCACAUGGUCUUCAUUCACACCCACAGGGAGCGGCUCUGCAGAGUAAACGAUUGGGGGCUCCAACUGUGGCUCAGAAUGAGUCGGUCCUGUUCCAUGGUGGUCACGUACGUCCCCAAUAUGGCUGUUAGUUCACACUACAGAAUACGGUGGGACUUGGAGCAGAAAUGAGGCAGAAUCGGCCCUUAUUUGUGCAGAUAAUUCCAUGCCUAAUAAUACAGUGUGAACGGGUCCUAAGAUUGUAUUCAGCCACAUCCUGGUGACAUCUAGGGGCCCCUGAACACUAUGCAAAUUCUAUAAUUUGAAAUCCCCCCAUAGAUCUAGUAGGAUCCUGCGCCCAUUGUGAUCUGGAAGAAUUAACUGUUUAUUAUUUCACCAUAAUCCACCCAGAACCGCGCUCUAGUCAAUGUGGCGGUGUUCGAUGGCCAUGCCGCCAUUAAGCGCCGAUUCUGCUGAAUUUCCGUAGUGAACAUGGGCCUUAAAUUUCCAUAUUCUCUGACGGGCCAAGCUAAGGGUCUCAUUGCUGUGCACAGCUGGGGCCAAGUUUGCUGCUCAGGACCUCAGGAAAGCUGGGUGACAGCCCAUGUGGGAGCUGUAAUAGCCUCUACCAGCUUUCCCUGAUGGUUAUAUCUGGGUGGCGGUUACUAUAGUUACCAUGGCAAUACUCCGAGGCGUUUAUAUAGAUUUUUGCUUCUGGGUGACGGCCCCUUGUGAGGAGUCCAUGAUGGUUACCACCAAGCUUUCCCCAAAACAAGCUGAACCAUAAAAAGUAAUGAGCUGUUUCUGGGAAAGCCAUGGUCUCCAUUACAGCUCUCAGAGGUCGUCACCCAGAGCGGUGAAUUGACACGGAGCCAUUCCAACCUCCAUUUGUGCCCAUCCACCUGUUUAGGGACUACAACCCCCAGCAGGCAGGACAUGCUGGUUCUUCUGGUCCUCUGCGGAGUUGUACCUGUUGUACAUUUCCGGCUAUCGCUGCCAAAGAGACCCCCGUGUGACAUUAGGAGGGCGAUGGAGUCAUUUACCCCUUUCCCCUCCCCGUUAUUUUAUUUUCCCCACGUCCUAAAUUUGAGGUAUAGGAUACAAGUGCAAUGAAAACUGUUCAAUAAACUUAAGAGAAUGUUA